AUGUUUCUCCUAUCUCCAUCCUCUUCCUUAAGCUUAUUUCUUGAUAAAACCGGUUUGCUCUAUCUAGAGUAUUUCAGGUCCCAUGUCACUGACAUUCUUUGUGUUUCCAAGUUCAACUAUUUUAAUGAACUUUUCUUACCGUUGGCGCAUCAUGAUGAGGCAUUUGCAUUGAUAAUGGCAGCUUGGGGCGGAUUUUUUUACAAAGGGAAGAAAGUAGACAAACAAGUGUCCAACUACUUGUAUAAUUCUGUCAUAAAGUUUAAGCAGAACUUCAACAACCCGGAGCAAAUGUCUAAGCUCAACUACUACUUUCAGAUAUGCUACUAUUUGAUUUUGGUAGGAUAUAACAUUUGUAAUGGAGAUACUCAGAACUGGGCAAAAUUCUUGCUGAAUUGCUAUAAUAGCAUUAAGGAGUACGGGGGUAUCCAACAGCUUUGUGAGUCUUUCCACUACUCAAAUGAUGUAAGGUUUUUGGUCUCAAGCUUUCAGUAUCAUGAUAUCAUGUCUUCGGACUCUGCUAAAAACGGAACUCUCGUGUCCAUGGAAGAAUACAACAGAACGUUCAACCAUGAAAAUUUCAAAAUGACUGAAGUUGCUUAUGGAAUAGACUCCCUUCAAGGAUGUAACCGGCCGAUUUACACACUUUUGGGGGAGCUCAUUAACUUAAAGGUUCAAAUCAGGAGAAUGUGCAAACACAAUGACAUGCACAAACAGGAGAAUUCCAACUCCAUAGAAGCAGAAUCCCGGAUUUUAUACCAAAAUAUAAUAGAUGCCCAGCCCAAUGGAGAGUUGGUAUUUCUUCUCCCAGAGGACGAGAAACCUCUCCACUUGAGCUCGUUCGAACUUUAUCGGGUGUGUUGUAAACUCAACUGGUUCUUGUACAUCAAAGGAUUGCUUCCAGUAGAGCCCAAAAUCCAGUGCUUGGUGUUGGAAACUCUUUCAUUGGUCGAUCGACUCAUCCACUCCAAGUUCCAGGUGGUGAUUUGCUUACCCUUGCUCAUGGCUGGGAUAUGUUGUGUUAAAACUCGUGAACGAGAGAAAGUAAGCCGGAUAUUCGAAACCAUAUCCAAGUCUUGCCCCGUGCCAAAUGUUUCUAAGUGCUGGACAAUUGUCCAAAUGGCAUGGAAAUCAAGUCCCGAAGGCACACUGAUAACCAACUGGGAAGAUAUAUGCAACCAAUUUGACUGGCACCUAAAUGUCUGUUAA